CAACUCUGAGAUCAUCAUAUCGUUCUCAUCAGCAUUAUUAUAUAAUCAAAAUUAAAAGUAGCCGCCGGACAUAAAUACAGAGUAUUAUUGUUAUUACGUAGUAUUAUUAUUACGUAGUAUUAUUUUAAAGAGCAAAGCAUAGGUUCGUUGGCAUUCAAAUCAAGCAUGGUGAAAGAUGAUUUGUGUGAUCCAUGUCAAGAUGAUUUGUGUGAUCCAUGUGUAGCUCUUAUACCAGUGCUCAUACUAAUCGCACUUGGGGUGGUCAUUAUUGUACCUAAUGUCUUGGAUACGACAUAUCCAUCGCCUCCAGAAGUGUACAUCAAGGACUUCACGCUCUCGCCUCGAUUUGCGAGCGCCGCCAAGAGCAGCCGCACUUCUCGAUCACCGCCGCUCACGGCCAACUGCACCAUUGCUUUCGCGUUCAACAACAACAAACCGGACGACAUUAUUAGGUCUAAACUAGAUGUAUACCAUUCUUUGUAUGAUCAAUACGAUGAGAUCGAGGUAUUGGUGGUCUGGGCCGGCCGGGACCAGACCUUAAUGCGAGCCCACCCCGGGACCGUCUGGCAGAGAAAUUUUGAGCUUAAGCCGGUGCUGCUGGCCGCCAAUGAUUUUGUUGUGCCGCCGGAUUUGAAAUCGGCGGCAGUGUACAAUUUCACAAUUGAAGUGAAAAGUAGGGUUAAGGAGGAUCCCGGCACUGAGGUCGAGAAUGUGUUUUACAUUUUGGCAACCUGCAAGGAUGUGCGGGUUGGGUUUGGGUCAACGAAAGGCGUUGAUCGGGUUGCGAGGAUGUUAGAUGGACCGCAGACGUGUAUGGUUUUGAAGUCGAAGUCUAGUUACAAUAUAUAUGAUUGGAGGUAAGUUUCAUUCGUUUUACGCAUGCACGACCAAACAUGUAUGGGGGGCUUUACUAUGAAAAUUUUUAUUAAAUUUUGUGAGCAUGUUAUCCAAUAAUUGUAGAUUAAGGGGGUGUUUGGAUCUGAUUCUCAAAACUGAUUCUGCUCCUUCAGGGAGCAGAAGCAAAAGCUGGAGUGUUUGGGUGAAAUUCCAGAAGCACUUCUGGAGCUCUAAUUUACUCUCAGAAUCAGUUUUUUUAGAAGCUGGGGGGUACCAGCUUCUGAAAACUGAUUCUGAUUCUGCUUCUGCUUUUAAAAAAGAAGCAGAAGCAGAAUCAGUUCCAAACACCCCCUAACUCCACAAAAAUUUAGCUUAAAAUUCAAUCCGAAAGUCAUGACCACUUAAUUUAGCUUACCUAUUUUGAUAAUUAACUCUUGUUAUAAAUGUC